AUGUUAAUAAAGGAGCUGGCUGCUGAUAUUCAGCGACCGUUUAAAGAAGGCGGCAAACGGACGUUCUUUCUUGUAGACAAAGUUGCUCUCGUUAAGCAGCAGGCUGAUCAGAUACGAAAGCAUACGAAUUUGGUUGUUGGAGAAUUUCACGGCCGCAUGAAUGUUGAUUUCUGGGAUAAAGCCGCAUGGAGUAAACAUCUAGAAAAUAACCAGGUUUUGGUUAUGACAGCCCAGAUAUUUUUGGAUCUGCUCAGCCACGCAUAUUUAACACUGAACCGCGUCAACCUGAUGGUAUUUGAUGAAUGCCAUCAUGUGAACAAAAGUCAUCCGUAUCGCUUAAUAAUGGAUCUUUACAGGGAAUAUGAUGAAGGUGAUCGUCCACGCAUUCUGGGUCUCACAGCAUCGGUGGUGAAUGUGAAAGGAAACGCCGCAACUUUACAGACGUCUAUAAAUCGUCUCCAAACACUGAUGCAUAGUACGGUGUGCCGGUACUUCGCAACACCGUUCGACGGCGCAGAAAGAGUUUUUCGCAUUUUAUCCUCUGCGGAGAGGUUCUUCGCACAGUGUCACGUUUGUUCGACGAUAAUCGCCGUGAUCAGGCGCAUGUUGAAAGCCUGUCAGACGGUGCUGCAGACUUUGGGAGCUUGGAGCGCUUGGAUUAUAUUACAUGCCUAUGAGCAGCGACUUUCCGGCUAUCUUAGCAGAGUUUUGACCAAUGAUGAAAAGCUUCUGGUUCGUUGCACGAUGACCAGUUUUCGUUUGGUUUCGCGCUGGAUAACUCUGCAGAUUGGUAACUUGAACGAUGCCCAGUCGUUUCGUCGCAGUCUGCCUCACCGAGUGGAUCGUCUGUUUGAAAGAAUGUUAAAGCAGAUGCAGAGGCUGAUGCCUGAACGAUUCAAGUUCCUGAAAGCAGAAUUUUUAGUCGGCUUUUGCAGGAAUAGUCAUUCAACGGAUAUGGACGCAGAAAUGAGAUUUCGUCAAGAGGAGGAAGGCAUUGACGUCCGCCAGUGCAACUUUGUUGUUCGCUUUGAUAUUCCGAGGAAUUUUCGAUCGUUCAUUCAGUCGAAAGGCGAGUAG